UUUGUCAUUUGUUGAGUUUUUUUUAUGUACUUUGUGCAACAUUUCACAUCUGCGAUUUGCCACAUUGCUCACACAUUUCGUCAUUUUUGUCCUCUUGCGGUGUUAUUACUCCAAUUUCGUUGUUGACUAUAAAAGACAAUGGCAGCCGAUUCCGAAGUAUUAUUGGCUCAGUUCCAAGCUCUAGGCAUGAGCGAACAAAAGGCCAAAGAAACUCUGAAAAAUGCCAACGUUACGAGAAAUUUACAAUUAGCACUCAAAGAAUGUGAUAUUACAACCCUUGGCGAAGGAGUUGGCAUGCUCCUCUAUCACAUGGCAUCCAAAAUCAAACCACAAAUCAUUGGAGAAUUGCCAUUGCUCAACAAGUACAUUGUCUCAAAAAAACUCGACUCUAUUAUGCGAAUCGAUGCCGCACUCGAGUAUCUCCUUAAAGUUGGUCACAAAAAGGAUGGAGUGAACAUUGAAGAGUUCGAAAAGGAAUGUGGUGUUGGUGUUGUCGUAACGCCAGAAGAAAUUGAUCGCGCUGUAGAGGAACAAAUCCGUUUGCACAAAGAUGCACUCAUUGAACAGCGUUAUCAUUUCAAUGUUGGCAAAAUAAUGCAGGAAGUACGCAACCAGCUUAAGUGGGCCGAUGGAAAAGCUGUUAAAUCCGAGAUAGAAGUUCAGAUUUUUGAUCUACUUGGUCCUAAAACUGAUGCAGAUUUAAAACCCCUUCCAAAGCCCGAUAAGAAGAAGGACAAAACAAAGUCGGUGGCUGCCGGUUCAGCUAAGCCGGCUGCUGAUAAGAAAGAAGCAACUGAAGUUGAAUCGGAUGGGGCGAAGACAAUCGCCGAACUCAUGAAGACCAAAGUGCACUUUCAUGCUCCUGGGGAGAACUAUAAAACCGAUGGCUACGUUGUAACUGAAAAUACUGAAGCCAUCUUAAAGGAACAUCUGCGUCAAACUGGUGGAAAGGUACGAACUCGAUUCCCCCCAGAACCCAACGGGAUUCUUCACAUUGGCCAUGCAAAAGCAAUCAAUAUCAACUUUGGAUAUGCAGCAUCCCAGAAUGGUGUUUGCUUCUUGCGCUACGAUGAUACCAAUCCCGAGAAAGAAGAAGAAAAGUUCUUUAUCGGGAUCAAAGAUAUGGUCGAGUGGCUUGGCUACAAACCAUACAAGAUAACUCAUUCUUCGGACAACUUCCAGCAACUGUACGAGUGGGCUGUGGUUUUGAUUAAGAAAGGACUGGCCUAUGUUUGCCACCAAACAGCCGAUGAAAUGAAGGGCUUUAAUCCAAAGCCAUCGGAAUGGCGUGAUAGGCCAGUUGAGGAGAGCUUGCAGCUGUUCGAAGACAUGAAAAAUGGUAAAAUCGACGAAGGUGCGGCAACAUUGCGAUUGAAGGUUACCUUGGAAGAGGGCAAAGUUGAUCCAGUUGCUUACAGGAUAAAGUUCAUUCCGCAUCAUCGCACAGGAAAUCAAUGGUGCAUCUACCCGACAUACGAUUAUACUCAUUGUCUGUGUGAUUCUCUAGAGAACAUCACUCACUCCCUUUGCACGAAGGAAUUUCAAUCGAGACGUUCUUCAUACUAUUGGCUAUGUAACGCCUUGGAUAUAUACUGUCCAGUUCAAUGGGAAUAUGGCCGACUUAAUAUGAACUUUGCUUUGGUCUCGAAGAGAAAAAUCGGAAAACUCAUCACUGAGGGAAUCGUCAACGAUUGGGAUGACCCAAGGCUUUUCACAUUGUCCGCUUUACGCAGACGAGGAUUUCCAGCUGAGGCCAUUAAUAACUUUUGCGCCCAAAUGGGUGUCACAGGAGCACAGAUAUCUGUGGAUCCUUCUAUGCUUGAAGCUGCUGUUCGUGAUGUUCUCAAUGUUACUGCACCAAGACGUUUGGUUGUACAAGAGCCACUCAAGGUAACAAUUUCGAACUUCCCCCACGAAAAGGCCAUCGAUGUUGAAGUGCCAAACUUCCCUUCGAAUCCUGAAAAAGGUACCCAUCGCAUUGUUCUCGAUCGUGUCAUUUACAUAGAACAAAGCGAUUUCAAAUUGACUCCAGAGAAAGGCUAUAGACGUCUAUCGCCUGAACAAUCAGUUGGUCUGAGACAUGCUGGACUUGUGAUCUCAGUAAGCGAGGUGAAAAAAGAUACGGAUGGCAAAGUUAUUGAGUUGAUAUGCAAAUGCGAAGAAUCUGAGAAAGCAGAGAAACCGAAGGCGUUCAUUCAGUGGGUGUCGCAGCCUAUCGAAAUCGAAAUAAGAUUAUACGAAUUGCUUUUCAAGCAUAAAAACCCAGAGGAUACGAAUGAAGUUCCCGGAGGUUUCCUAAGCGACUGCAAAACAGACACCGUUACGAUUUUGCGUUCGUUUGUCGAUCGUGUUAUUAGUGGCGUGAAAGUAUACGAUAAAUUCCAGUUUGAAAGAAUUGGUUUCUUCUCUGUCGAUCCCGAUACCACUAAGGAUUUAAUUGUGUUCAAUCGAACUGUUGGCCUUAAAGAAGAUGCUGGCAAAAAGUGAUUUUGCGAUUUGAAAUAAAAAACAUUUC